CUCUCGCUCCCAAACUGUGUUUUAGAGGAGGAGCUGUCAAAGUUGUCGGAGAGUCUCUCUUACUAGAGAAAACAAACGGGAAGAAAGAAGUGAAGUGAGUCUUUAGUGGACGUCGGACACAGUGGAGCGACUUUUAUUGCUUUUGUUCGUAGCAUGCAAUGGCACCUUCUCAGUAGCAGCGUUUGCGUUCGGAGAAGGACGAUGGCUAGCCGCCUUCUGGAGUGGCUCACCGUCACCUCACUGCUCUGCUCGUCGCUCGUGGCUGAAAAGAAAGUGUGCCAAGGCAUAACCAACCGCUUAAAUUUGUUGGGGUCCAGAGAUGACCACUACUUGAACAUGGUAAGGACCUACAGCAACUGCACUGUGGUCCUCGAGAACCUGGAGGUCACCUACAUGGAGGAGCACCAUGACUUGUCCUUCCUCAGGACGAUAGAAGAAGUGGGCGGCUAUGUACUGAUCGCCCUAAACGCCGCAUCCAGGAUCCAGUUGGACAACUUGCGCAUCAUUCGUGGCCAUUCGCUGUACGAGGGAGACUUUGCUCUCGCUGUGCUGGCCAAUUAUAACAAGACCACAGGUCGUAAGACCAGCGAGCUUCUCUUGACCAGCCUUACAGAAAUCCUCAAAGGAGGAGUCAAAUUUGGCAACAACCAGUUGUGCAAUGUGGAGACCAUCCAAUGGUAUGACAUCAUCAACGAGGAAACUAAACCCAAAAUGAAACUGCCAACAGCUAGCAACAAUCCGCUUUGUAAAAAAUGUGACAAAAGCUGCUUCAACGGUUCCUGCUGGGCACCCGGACCCCAUAACUGUCAGACUUUAACUAAACAGAACUGCGCACAGCAGUGCUCCAAGAGGUGCAAAGGACCCUCACCCAGCGAUUGCUGCAAUGAGCACUGCGCCGCAGGAUGCACGGGACCCCGGCCCACGGACUGUUUGGCCUGUCGGGACUUCCAGGACGACGGGGUGUGCAAGGAUUCCUGUCCGGGCCUCAUGCGCUAUGAUCCCAACCAGCACCAACUGGUACCUAACCCACAUGGGAAGUACAAUUUUGGAGCCACCUGUGUUAAAAGCUGCCCACAUAACUAUGUAGUGACAGACCACGGAGCUUGCGUGAGGACAUGCAGUGGCAACACUUACGAGAUGGAGGAGGGCGGUGUUAGGAAGUGUGCCAAAUGCGAUGGACUGUGCCCCAAAGUGUGUCACGGACUUGGAACGGGCAACCUGACAAACACGAUUUCCAUCAACGCCACCAACAUUGACACAUUUAAAAACUGCACCAAAAUCAACGGGAACAUCGCUAUCAUCCGCACAUCCAUUCUCGGGGAUGCGUAUACCAACACACCAAAGAUGGAGCCAGCCCAGCUUGAUGUGUUUAAAACAGUUAAAGAAAUAACCGGAUACUUGUGGAUUCAACAGUGGCCUACAAGCAUGAAUGCUCUCAGUCCCUUUGAAAACUUGGAAAUCAUUCGAGGACGAACCAAGAAGGGGAGCCGCAGCUUAGUUGUGGCCCAGCUGGGCAUCAGCUACUUGGGCCUCCGCUCACUCCGAGAGAUCAGCGACGGUGAUGUGGUCAUUAUCAAGAACCAGAACCUCUGCUUCACCAAUAAUAGCCACUGGAAGGCUCUCUUCAAGUCCACAAGCCAGACCACAACCAUCAACGAGAACGCAGACACUAUCAAAUGCGCUGAGAGAAAUGAAACAUGUGAUCGGAAAUGCACGGCAGACGGAUGCUGGGGUCCCGGACCUAACAUGUGCUUCGCUUGCCGGGACCACAGUCGUGGCGGCAGCUGCGUGGACUCCUGUAACAUUCUGGAUGGGGAGCCACGGGAGGCCGUCGUGAUGAAGAACUGCGUCGCUUGCCACCCGGAGUGUCAUCCUAUGAAUGGAACAACAACUUGCAGCGCUCCAGGUUCCGCCAACUGCACUAAGUGCGCCAACUUCAAGGAUGGACUCUUCUGCGUGGCCCGCUGUCCUCAAGGCGUGCCCGGCAAAGACGACACACUUGUGUGGAAAUACGCCGAUGACGCCAACGUGUGCCAGCUGUGUCACCCCAACUGCACCCAAGGGUGCAGAGGGCCAGGUCGUGAAGGUUGCCAGGGGAAAACGUCUUCAGGACUGUCCAUGAUUGCAGCCGGGGUGGUGGGCGGCCUCUUAGCAGUCCUUUUGGCGAGCCUAUCUGUUGUGGUGUUGUUUCGCCGACGGCACAUCAAGAGGAAGAGGACUAUGCGGCGACUCCUUCAGGAGAAAGAGUUGGUUGAACCGCUUACUCCAAGCGGUGAAGCGCCCAACCAAGCUCUACUCCGUAUCCUGAAGGAACCCGAAUUCAGGAAAAUUAAAGUUCUUGGAUCAGGAGCGUUUGGUACAGUCUACAAGGGUCUUUGGGUGCCAGAGGGAGAAGAUGUGAAGAUCCCAGUGGCCAUCAAGGUUUUGAGAGAGGCCACGUCGCCAAAAGCCAACAAAGAGAUUUUAGAUGAGGCAUAUGUGAUGGCCAGCGUGGAACACCCGCACGUUUGCCGUCUUCUUGGCAUAUGCCUGACGUCCACUGUGCAGCUCGUCACCCAGCUGAUGCCCUUCGGCUGCCUGCUGGACUACGUCAAGGAGAACAAAGACAACAUUGGCUCGCAGUAUCUGCUCAAUUGGUGCGUGCAGAUCGCAAAGGGUAUGAACUACCUAGAGGACCGCCACUUGGUCCACCGCGACUUGGCAGCCAGAAACGUUCUUGUGAAGACUCCCCAGCAUGUCAAGAUCACUGAUUUUGGCCUGGCCAAGUUGCUCAACGCCGACGAGAAGGAAUACCACGCAGAAGGAGGAAAGGUGCCCAUUAAGUGGAUGGCUCUCGAGUCAAUCCUGAACAGGACGUACACACACCAGAGCGACGUGUGGAGUUAUGGCGUGACCGUGUGGGAGCUGAUGACAUUCGGGACCAAGCCGUACGACGGCAUUCCGGCCAGUGACAUAGCCGGCGUGCUGGAGAAAGGCGAGCGUCUGCCUCAGCCUCCCAUCUGCACCAUCGACGUCUACAUGAUCAUGGUCAAAUGUUGGAUGAUCGAUGCGGAUAGUCGACCACGUUUCCGUGAACUAAUGGCAGAGUUCACCAAAAUGGCGCGGGAUCCUCCCCGUUAUUUAGUCAUCCAGGGGGACGAGAGCUUGCACCUGCAGAAUCCCCCCGAAAGGUUCUACCGUACCCUGGUGAGCGGCGAGGAUAUGGAGGAUGCCGUCGAUGCUGACGAAUACUUGGUACCGCAGCACGGCUUCUUCACCAGUCCGAGCACAUCCCAGACGCCGCUGAUUCACUCCACUAGCUUGAACAGCACUAAUGGGAUUUGUAAUGGCAGAAAUGGAUUACUGAAUGGAGUACCCAGCAGAGAUGGAAGCAUCGUUCUUCGCUAUAUUCCAGAUCCUACAGACAAACUAUUAGAUGACGCUUUUCAACCCGCUCCAGACUACAUGAACCAGAAGACAGGUUCCGACAUGAUGAAUCCCAUGUACCAACACCCCGGCCCUCCCCGCACCAUUCUUCCCACCAUCUCCUCAGAUGACGCUGAAUCCGAAUACCUGAACUGCUUCAACAACGGGCCGAACGGACCCGAGUACCUCAACGAGUUCCCGUCCCACACCAAUGGCACGAUUCAUGCCGUCCAAAAGUACAAGCCUCAGAACAGCAUAGACAACCCUGAUUAUCAGCAUAGCUUCACACCCACCUUUAAGGCUCGUCUAAACGGACACACGCGAGCCGCGGAGAAUGCAGAGUACUUAGGUCCAGACUGACGGCUCCCGGAGUUGAAACAAAGCCAUUUUUUUAGCGGUACCAUCCAUGUGUCACCUCUAAAGACUCAACCCGAAAGGCCUUCUGAGUCGUGCCGGAAAGUGAAAAUGUCUCUUGACGACAAUAAGGAGUGAACCCGGCCACAGCAGCCAUAAAAAGGGGAACUAAAAUGAGCUGCUCAAGCCAAAAAUCAUUCGGCGUGACAGCAUACAAUCCCACAAGAUGUUACAUGAACUUGCUUACAUGCGGUGCCGAGGCAAACAUGCUGGAUGGACUUUUGGCGACUCUCUUCCUUCAACGUGGAAGUAUAGAAUAUAUGAAUUGUCCACUUAGGGGAAAACUGGUAAAAUGCAAAAAAUAGUGGUGAAAAGGUAUUAACACUAAUGUAACUCUAUAUGUAGAUACCAAGAUAUGUUGGACAAGGCUCGACCUGCCAGAUAUGCCAAAAAUAAGCGUGUGCUAAUGUUAGCUAACUUUCCUAGUUUAAGAAGAUUAUAGUAUAUUAUAUAGUAUAUAUUAUAGUAUAAUCCACAGUCUCCACUUUGCUGCAGCUCCCCUCAGUCUCCUCAUGGAUCAAACUUGUCUUCUCAUCAUGACCAACAUGUUGAAAAGUAAAUAGAGGGGAAUUUUAUUCUUCUUGAAUGUGUUUGUUGGUAUGUCUGGUAGGGUUAUCUAAGACUCGUGGCGUUGCUAGGGUUUCUUGUAUUCCAAGCAAGAAAUCUCUGGGCCUCCCACUGCACCUGUGCGCACUGCAAAAAAACAUUUUUUUUUUUGCGCACAUAAAUGCACAGUGGAUACUGUAAGUAAAAAAUGUAUAAGGGCACAUCAAAAUAAAAGUUGACAGACAAUAAAUAUAAAAUAUUGUAAUAGAAAAACAUUUAACAGUAUGAAUAAAUGACAUGAAAUAAAUUGGCACACUUAAAGGGAACCACGGAUAGAAAGACAUGUAGUUCUUAAAAGAUAAAUGUUAGUACAAGUUGUAAUAAAGUUGUAAUAAUUUGAUAAUGAACCCCCUCUUAAUGUUUUCAUUUUAAUAAAUAAUAAUUAAAAAUUUAAUAAAAACAGUUUGUUACUGUUUUUGUGUGCUAUGAUGCACGGGCUAUCUGCAAAUAUAAUCUAACUGCUGUGUUUCACUGUAUACCCUAAUCAUAUGUAAAGCACACGAUAGGUCUGGAUGCUAACUAUCUCCACGAUAAUAUUGGAAUAAGUUGGAUCAGACAAUAGUUUACCGUGAAGAUCUGUAAACAUUUUUUGACAUCACUCGCGAACUUCACACAUUAACGCUACUCUCAUCUCAUCCAGUCUUUCCUGUUCAUUUUGCUUUUGCUGCUCGUUUUCUGAAAUCUCAACAGGGCUGUCCUACUCAUUUACAGUGGGGCAAAUAAGUAUUUAGUCAACCACUAAUUGUGCAAGUUCUCCCACUUGAA